GGGUGCCCUAAACCCUCAUGAAUUGUCCCUUUUUUUUUUUUUUUUAGUAUUUGAAUUUGAACAUUUUAAAACUAUAUUUUAAUCUGUUUAGAAAUCUCAUUCAGAAGACCAGCUUCUUCUGUUCGUCCUUGGGUUCUCAUCUCAACCCUCACUGUUGCUCCUUUUCUCGCAACGACGCCACCCAUUCGUCCUUCAAUUGAGUUCGUGUUCUUCACAGCUUAGGGGGUUUGGAGAAGACGAAGAAAAAGAAGAAGAUUUGAUUGUUGAUUUUUCGAUCCGGGUCGGGCUUCAUUACCACCGCCCCUACUCUUCCAUUCCUUUUCUCUACCGAAACGAAUCGAACUUGUGACCAGCGGAUAGCACGCACCCCCCACCACUAACAAGCUACCAACGUUUCGGUUGAUAAAAAUGUUACAUGAAGGUCAAAUCUCGAAAGAAGAACAGUCAUUUGCUAGUCCAUCAAAUAGCAAUAGCAAUGGUAACCUUGAUGAUGUUCGGGUUACUUGCUUCAGUGAAGCCAUAAAUGAUGUCCCCAUCCAUUUUCAGAUUAUAUGUCUCUCCAAACAGAUAUAUGUAUGGAUUGGUUGCAAUUCUGCAAAAUUUGGAAAUUUGUAUGCAGCUGCCCCCACACGACCUAACAAUACAGUGAGUGUUACUUCCAUACUUGGAGGUUCAUCCGAUAAUACAGGAUCUAGCAUGGCACGUAGACUAGUGUUAAAAACCGGUCUAAAUAUCAUCUUGGCUAGCAAUAUUCCGAAAAACAGCCCCAUAAUCGAGGUCGCUGCCGAAAAGGUAUUAGUGCAAAAGCUGGUCACUUUAGGGUACGUAAGGCCUAAACCAGAAGGUCCAUCUAGAUAAUUGGUUACCAUGAUUAGUCUUCUUUGCAAGAUCCAGAGAAGCCUUACUCUGGUUGCUAGCUGUUUUCUUCUUUGCAAUCUUAUAGCUGAAACUCCGGGCUUGAAUCUAGGCUAGGAUUUUGGAGGACGAUAUACCCGAACAUACAGCCUAUCAAGGCACUCAACGGGGUUCUAUUUUACUUGGAUCUUGCUUGGAUAUUUAUUAAGAACAUUAUCCAUUUUUUGUUAUAAUAUUGGAUAAAUCGAUAGCUAACUACAAAACGGUGUAAAUACGUUGUAAUUUGUUUAAUAGAUUGUUUAUCUCUUCCCUGUUAUCAUCUUGUUUAAUCUUAUUUGGUUGUCCAUUUUCACUAGUUUUCUUCAUUUUCAGGAAUGAAACUGGUAUUUAUUUGAUUCA